GACUGCCAUCUGAUAUUUGUUUUCUCAGGAUUCUGGAACCCUAGCCACAUGACUCUUGUUGGAUUUAUUUCUGCUGGGCCUCCUUGUGUUAAUCUCUAUAAGAAAAGCUCUUGGGAUGUAAAUCCUGCUAGAAAAUCUUCCAUUGAUGUGGACCCUAGAUGGAACAAGUUAAGUGCAUCAAGAAGUAGUGAUUACAUGGGCUGCAUCUUUGAAGUUCCAGAUCCCUGGUUUUCAAAAGUGAAAUCAAACUCUGCAAAUGGCUCUAUGCAGGUUUUCUGCUCGGAUUAUCCAAGGCCUGAGCUUGAAAACACCAUUAACUUUUUAGAAGCUGCUAAGUUAUCUGCAUCCUUUCGUGAUUGUAUGCGGCCCAAGAAACCUCUAGCAGUAGUAAUUGCUGGUGCAGGCUUGGCUGGUCUAUCCACAGCAAAAUACCUUGCUGAUGCUGGCCACAAACCUAUAUUAUUAGAGGCAAGAGAUGUUCUCGGAGGAAAGGUACAUUCUUAUCAUGUUCAAGAAUCCC